GUGAUAGGGAGGCCGAUGCUGGGCCUCCGACCAUACAGCGAAUCCUCCGUGGAUGCCAUGUGUGCUUUGCCAGCGUGUAAAAAAAAAGCCACAUAGAUUCGCUUUAUGAUCUGAGAAAGAAAUAUAAAUGCACGGAACUACUUUCUCUCUUUUCUCUAUCCUCUCCAAGACAACCUUUCUUGUAAACCCUAGAAUAGAUUCAGUUCUUCCGGAGAACCUUAUCGACGACGGCCGGAAUAUAACUCGAUAUAAAUACAUUUCGACGGUGGCUGCUCCGGAGAACCAUAUCGACAAUGAUCAAUACAACUUUAUAUUGACAUUGUUCAGACAUAUUCUUAUGGUGUAUAGAAGAAUGAAAGUGGAUCAAGUGCCUGAGAGAUAUGUCUUGGACCGUUGGCGCAAAGAUUUGAAACGAGGUUAUCAAAGCAUCACCAAUAUUUAUGAUUCUGAUGUGUCUGAAAGUCAAGGAAAAAGGUAUAACAGUCUAAUUCCAAUGAUGCAUUUGUUCCAACAACUUGCAUCACAAUCUGAAGAUAAGACCUCAGUUGUGUCUAGACUUUUGGAAGACGUGAUUCAAAAGUUGAUGUUGGAUUUUGAUAAUGUAUCUAUAAGUUCCACACCAGCAACUACUCCUCCAACCGAGAAAGUGAUUCACUCUCCGGUUAGAGUGAGGGCUCGAGGUAGGCCACCAACGAAACGAAAAUUAUCUGCCGUAGAAAAAGUAAUUAACAGGUCCAAACAUUCAACAAAGAAAAAAAUGCGGGAUGAACCAACAGAUGCACAACAAUUCAAUGACCCAGCUACUAUACCACAAACAAUAGUCUCCACUCAAUUCUCUUUUACCACAUUAUUGUAGUUAUAUUGAGCUUAUUUCAGCGUUAUAUUGAGAUCAUUGACUCAUUAUAGUGUACUUGUUGCUUCGUUAUAUUGAGAUUAUUGACUCGUUAUAUUGUACUUAUUACUUCGUUAUAUUGAGAUCAUUGACUCGUUAU